AAACCAUUGAAAAGUUUUUGACGAUUGGCAUAUGUUCUGCUUCUACUGUUCUCCACUGCAACUCCAAGAAAAUUAUAUACAGAAAAAUUAUAGCUAGGUACUUAUAAUAAAAUGCAUAUCGAACAAAAAUAUUUCUCCAUACUAAAACUUGAUGUUAGUAUUCUAACAGUAUUAAACUAUUAGUAUAAAACUAUUCAAAACAGCACCUAUCAGAAAUUCCUGAUUUUCCGACAUUCUUUUCACAAUUCUCACCGUCAUCUUCAGUGAGAUCAUCAUCCUUGAUGCAGUGAGCAAAUAUUUCUUCCCUUUUGAACUUUUCUUGGGUAAAGUAGAUUAUUUUUAUCAUUUUACUCAAACUUUCUUGAAAAAUUAUCCUUUCAUUAUCAAUUAAUUAUUGGUUUGUUAAAUGAUAGACAAGGAUAGCAAUACCAUUGCUAAUCAAACACUAUCAUUAUAACUUGGACCUCACUAUAGACAACCACACUGAAUUUGGUUAGGUAUGAUUACAACUGGAUUUGAUCUAUUCAUCCUACAAUUUAUCAUUUAAUAAUCUUUUGAUGAUAAGAAACUCAACUGUCGUACCAAGUUUAAAAAAUUACUCAUCUCAGAUCUUAGCUUACUAAAUUUAGUUUACUUAAUAUAAUUAUUAUUCACUCAGAAAAAUGGUUCUCCAAAAUACGUAACAAAACGUUGACAAAUCAACCAUUCCUUUGUCAUAUUCGAGUGAUUCGAUCCUUUUUCAUCCACCAUGAAGAAUUAGUUUAUGAACGAGAAAAAAGUAUACUACGGCUUGAUAGUUGCUAUUUUAGUUAUAAAUAAACUGCUCCAGUAUAGCUACUAUUCAAGUUAUAAGUGAACAGGAUAGUCACUAAUUCAGUUAUCAUAAUAUUUAUUUCUUGUACUGAGUUGCUGUGGAAGUGUAUUUGGAUGCUGUAUUGUAUUAUUUUGGUUGGUGGAGAGCGCGCUUCCCAGUCACGCCAAGCCGUAGAAGCGUAGAGUCACGAAUCAGUCUGCUGCCGCGUUCCAACCAGAAUGCAUCGCCAACUCUGGUCAGCUCCUCCUGAUUUGCAGCUUAAAAAUGUCCCAUCCCUGUUCUAUAAUACAUACAUUUCAGUUUAAAGUUUACGGAUAUACACUGAAAGAUAUCAUCGCAAUGGCAAUAAGCUGAAACGUCAAACGUCAGUACAACAUUUAAAUUAACGCUACCAUAUUAGAAAAUUCUAAAAAAAAUCAGAAUGGACGGACCAGAUCCUCGUUUGGAGUUCCUAGGGACGUUUAUAAUCAAGACGUUGAAGUUGAAGCCUGAAAAAUGGACCAGACUUCUAGCUACCGAAGAUUCCAGAAAUGUUGUGAUGGAUUUCUUGGAUAAGCCAGAGCCAAUACUUCUAAUAAUGCUUCAGAAUAAUGCUGCCCAGUUGAUUCCUUCAACCAGUUUUCCUGUAACUCUGAAGAGUAAGGCAGCUUACUUUAUCAAACGUGUAAAGGCAGCAGUGCCAAGAGAGAAUAUUACUGAGUAUGUCAUAUCAGGAGACAUGGCUACUAAACCAAUAGAGCAGCUGGCUACUUUAGUAGAUGAGAUUUUUGUUCCUCUGCUUUCAAACUCAAGCAACCAUAAAGGCUGGCCUCCAACUGUUGCUCAAGAUGUAAGUCAACAUGUACACAGUUUGAAAAGUACAGUCUAUCAAGUGAAAGGUCAAGUCAGUGGGCAGACUGUUCUGCCUAUGCCUGUUGGUGUCGACAGGGUACAUCACGCUGAAAGAGUGUUAAUUAGCAGCGGAGGUGAAGUGGUGGAUCUAUACUUGAAGAGUGCUAUCGAGGGAGUGAUCAUCAAGUGGGCGACACAAAUCAACGACAUCCUCACCGAAGACUCGUCACAAGCUUUUGCAAAUGGACAGAAUCCAACACCUUCAGCAGAAGUAACAUUUUGGAAUGGAAGACUGCGAAAUCUGGAAUACAUUUAUCAACAACUGAGAGACGAACGUGUGCGCAAAAUGGCCACUAUUUUAGAAAGAACUGACAGCGCUUACUUCCCUUGUUUUAGAAAUUUAUUCCGUAACAUUGUAGCAGCUCUUGCAGAAGCCAAAGAUAUAGCGAAGUUUUUGAAGCCAUUAUUGAAACACUUCCAUUUGUUAGAAGAAACUGAUUUCGCUGAUGUUGAAAUAUAUCUGAAACCACUCAUGCACACGGUGUGUCUUGUUUGGGCUCAUUCUCGAUAUUAUUGCAACUCUGGCAAAAUCAUUGUUCUCUUGCGUCAGAUUUGCAAUCUGGUGAUACAACAAGCCAAGAAAUAUUUGGAUCCUUCUUCUAUUUUUCAAUCUGAUGUCGAUGAGGCAAAGCAAAGAGUAGAACUAACUCUCCAUACGUUGAAAACUUACAGAGAGGUUUUCGACCACUACAAAGACAACUUGGCUCCGUUUUUCAAAGAACGUCAACCAGUUCUGUGGACUUUUCAUCCUAAUAUUGUUUUUGGCCGAUUUCAAUUGUUUGUUGACCGUUUACACACAAUACAGUGGUUCUUUGACACAGUGUUGGAAUUUUUGAAGUUGGAGAGAGUCGAAAUCGGAGGACUGAAAGGAAGGACAUUGAGUGCCAGAAUAAUUGGUGUAUCAAGAGAGUUCAAUGAUCAUUUCACAGUAUUUUCAAGUAAAACUCACGAUGUACUCGAUCCUGAGGACACAACAUUCAUUGAAGAUUAUCAGCAAUUUCAAUCAAAUAUUCAAGACUUGGACAGGCGUUUGGCUUCUAUAUUAUGCCAAGCAUUUGAUGACUGCAGCAAUUUAGAAAGUAUUUUCAAGUUGAUUGAAAUAGUUGGAUCUGUUUUGGAGCGUCCAUUAAUCAAAGAAGAAUUCACUGGAAAAUAUCGACUUAUCGUUUUGAUGCUUCAAAGUGAACUCAAAGUUGCUGAGGAGAUUUUCAAUGAGCAUAUGGCUAUAUUCGAAAGCACUGGUAAUUUACCAGUGGACAUUCAUCAACCUCCAGUUGCUGGAUCGUUGCGAUGGAGCAGCAGACUGAGGCAGAGAAUAACUGCACCUGUUGUAUGCUUCAAAGCACUCGAUCAUCCCAUUGUGAAAAGUCCUGAAGCGCAGGAAGUGUUGGAAAUCUACGAUAGAUUAAUUGCAAAAUUGAAAGAGCUUGAUGAUCGAUUAUUCAAUGAAUGGCAGAACACAGUUGCAGAUCAGAUCAUAAAAAACUUGAAGAAAUCUGUCUUGACGCGUUCGAAGAAUAGAACGCAGUUGUUAUUGAACUUCGAUCCACAGUUAACUAUGUUAUUGCGAGAAGUGCGCUAUUUGAAGCUGUCUGAGGUUGAUGGCAUCCCAGAAGAAGCUCUAAAACUGUAUGAGGAUGCUGAAAUGUACAGAAAAUAUACGAUACAACUCAGUAUAACUGUUGAUUGGUAUAAUCGAGUGCGUAAAGACAGUAGAGAAGUCGAAUUUCAACUAGUUAGGGACCAAGUGAACGAAAUCGAUCGUUUGAUCAAACAAGGGCAGACCGAUCUCGAUUGGACUUCACCUGAGCUAUGGGAGUACAUAUCCACGCUUCACAGCCUAGUGGAUAAUUUACAGAGUGGUCUUCAUAAAACGCAAGAAAAUGUCAACCACAUGAGAGGUAUCAUGAUGACUUGGGCGAAAAGUCCCGUUUUCGAGAGGAAGGAUUCGAAGAAAGAUGCAUUGCUAGCAAUCGAGGAACGAGCUGAACGUAUUAGUAAAAGGAACGCAGAUAUUGCUGCCGCUGGAGAGGAAAUUCACAGACUUCUACAAGAAAAUCGAACACUCUUCUCACAAACUGGCGAUACUAAUUCUGACUGUUGGACGGACUAUAUAAAUUAUAUCGAUGGAAUAAUAUCUGAUGGCUUAUUCCGUACUGUCGGAUGCAGUUUAGGCUACAUAGCAGAGCACAUGGAUUCAGUGAAUAAUUUGGCUCCUCUUUUCGAAGCCCAAAUGGAGCUACAAGAACCAGACAUGGUUUUCGUUCCAUCGCUUGAUGUGGGAUGUGAAGAAGGUUUCUGGGGCCUCAUUCAAGGCCUAAUCAAUGAUGUUAUCCAAAUGGCUGGAUUAAUUGAUUGUAUCAACGAACAAUCACCGAAUUCUAAUUACUUGCAUGAAAUUGAAAACCACGAAGUCAUAAAUGAAAUGAAACAGGAUAUCAUGGAUAGUGUGGAGAAAGUAUUGAAUGAAGCAAAUGAGUUUUGUGGAGGAUUCGAAGUGUAUUCGUAUAUAUGGCUGGAUGACAGAGACGUUUACAUGAGUCAGUUCCUCGAAUAUGGAAGGCAACUGACCAUUGAUGAGUUGGAGGGAAUGGCUAUCGGUGAAAUCCUUGAGCCACCAGUUCCAAAAGCUCCUACAAUGGCGGAUUUCAAAGAACAGAUUGAUAAUUUUGAGAGUCUCUAUACUGAAAUUGAAGAGCUCGAUAACAUACAGGUUUUCAAUUCAUGGUUUCAAAUUGAUAUACGGCCAUUCAAACAAGCUCUGUUAAAUACAGUAUGCAAGUGGGGUCAAAUGUUCAAAAAACACUUGAUAGAACAUGUCACUAUAAGUUUGACAGAUCUGAAUGAGUUCAUUCAUCAAGCCGACCAGGGUCUCCUGCAGCCGAUUGAGGAGGGCAACUACGAAGCACUGGUGAAUGUGAUGGGCUUCCUCAUGCAUGUCAAAGAUCGCCAAGCGGCAACCGAUGAAAUGUUCGAACCGAUCAGAGCAACCAUCAACUUACUCAAAAUGUACGAUCAGGAACUACCAGAGGAAGUCAACGUUCUACUACAGGAGUUGCCGGAGCAAUGGAACAAUACAAAAAAGAUAGCAAUAAUGGUGAAGCAACAGGUGGCUCCGCUGCAGGCUGCCGAAGUGACGGCCAUCCGCGACAAGAUCGCCGCAUUCGACGUCACACAGAACCAGUACAGGGAGGUCUUCAGGAGGUCGCCAUUCCUCAAGUAUAAGUGUGAAGAACCCUAUGUAAAAAUGGAUAAUGUUGGUGGAAAAAUUAGAAGCUAUGAGAAAGAGAUGCAGAGGAUACAAGAAUCGGCUUCUCUAUUCGAAGUCAAUGUUCCAGAUUUCAAAUUGCUCAGGCAAUGUCGUAAAGAGCUUCGCAUGCUGAAGCAACUGUGGGAUUAUGCACACAUUGUUCAAACGAGCAUCGAAGAUUGGAAAACUACUCCAUGGCGCCAGAUUGAUGUUGAGAAUAUGGAUAUAGAAUGCAAGAAAUUCGCCAAGGAGAUAAGAGCUCUUGACAAGGAAAUGCGAACCUGGGACACGUAUGUAGAAUUGGAGGCGACUGUUAAAAAUAUGCUGACAUCACUUCGUGCAGUCGGCGAGUUGCAGAAUCCAGCAAUCAGAGAGCGCCACUGGCAGCAGCUAAUGAGAUCCACCAAGAGCUUAUCUGCAAUGCCAAGUGACUUCGCAGUGAGAUUUGUAAUGGACCAAGGUACAACUCUGGCCGAUCUGCUGGCACUGAAUCUGCAUGAAUGUGAGGACGAAGUGAAAAACAUUGUGGACAAAGCUGUGAAGGAGAUGUCGAUGGAGAAGAUCCUGAGGGAGCUGAACAGCACCUGGUCGACCAUGGAGUUCCAGCAGGAGUUGCACAAACGCACCGGUUGCAUUCUGCUCAGAGCCAGUGAAGAGCUGAUCGAAACACUCGAAGAAAAUCAGGUUCAGCUGCAGAACCUUAUAACAUCAAAAUUCAUAGCUCACUUCCUGGAGGAUGUCUCGGCGUGGCAACAGAAACUGAGCGUUGCAGAUCAAGUGAUAACUCUCUGGUUCGAAGUGCAACGGACAUGGAUGCAUUUGGAGUCAAUUUUCAUGAGUAGUGAUGACAUCAGAAAACAGUUGCCUCAAGAUUCGACAAGAUUUGAUCAUAUUGAUUCUGAGUUUAAGAUACUCACUCAAGACAUGGCAAAAACACCGAAUGUUGUUGAAGCAACUAACAAAUCUGAUCUACUCCCAAAACUAGAUUCCCUCCAACAGGAGCUUACUCUUUGUGAGAAGGCUCUUGCAGAAUAUUUAGAAACCAAAAGAUUAGCGUUUCCACGAUUCUAUUUUAUCUCAUCUGCCGAUUUGUUAGAUAUUUUAUCUAAUGGAAAUCAACCAGAAUUAGUCGCAAGGCAUUUGACAAAACUAUUUGAUUCAAUUGCAAGAUUGAAAUUCGUGCCCGGAGAAGUUGAAGGAACUCAGACAGCUCUGGGAAUGUUUGCUAAAGAUGGGGAAUAUGUUGAAUUCAAUCAUGAUAGUGACUGCAGCGGAGCAGUUGAAGUUUGGUUGAAUCGGCUUCAGAAUGCUAUGCGAGGCUCUAUUCGUCAUUACUUUGCUGAAGGAGUUGUCAGCUACGAGGAAAAGCCAAGAGAGCAGUGGCUGUUCGACUACCCAGCCCAAGUAUCUCUUUGUGGCACACAGAUAUUCUGGACGACAGAAGUCAAUAUGGCUUUUGCAAGACUGGAAGAAGGAUAUGAGAAUGCCAUAAAAGACUAUCAGAAAAAACAGAUUUAUCAGCUGAGUACUUUGAUAUCCUUACUUCUUGGGGAACUUAGUAAGCAGGAUAGACAAAAGAUAAUGACAAUUUGCACAGUUGACGUUCACUCGCGUGACGUUGUCGCCAGACUCAUUCAGACUAAGGUCGAGACAGCCUUAGCUUUCCAGUGGCAGUCGCAGCUCCGUCAUAGGUGGGAUGAGCAAGAAAAAGAUUGCUUCGCUAAUAUUUGCGAUGCUCAGUUCAGAUACAGCCAUGAAUAUUUGGGAAAUACGCCGCGUCUAGUUAUUACACCUCUUACUGAUAGGUGUUACAUAACUUUGACUCAGUCUCUUCACUUGGUAAUGGGAGGAGGUCCAGCAGGGCCAGCUGGUACUGGCAAGACUGAAACCACUAAAGAUUUGGGUCGUGCUCUUGGAAUUAUGGUUUAUGUAUUCAACUGCUCUGAACAAAUGGAUUACAAGUCUUGCGGUAACAUUUACAAGGGUCUCGCCCAAACUGGUGCGUGGGGAUGUUUUGAUGAGUUCAACAGAAUUUCAGUUGAAGUAUUGUCCGUUGUUGCUGUUCAAGUGAAAUCUGUUCAGGAUGCUAUAAGGGAUAAGAAGACACUCUUUAAUUUCAUGGGUGAAAUGAUCGCUAUGGUUCCAACUGUUGGAAUUUUCAUCACAAUGAACCCAGGAUACGCUGGUAGAACUGAACUUCCUGAAAAUUUGAAGGCUUUGUUCAGGCCUUGUGCUAUGGUAGUACCAGACUUUGAACUGAUCUGUGAAAUUAUGUUGGUAGCAGAAGGCUUCCAAGAUGCUAGAAUUCUUGCUCGAAAGUUUAUUACAUUGUAUACCUUGUGUAAGGAACUUCUAUCGAAACAGGAUCACUACGAUUGGGGGCUAAGAGCAAUCAAAUCCGUCCUAGUUGUUGCUGGGUCUUUGAAGAGAGGUGAUCCAGGUAGACCUGAGGAGGAAGUUCUGAUGCGAGCGCUGAGAGAUUUCAAUAUACCGAAAAUUAUAACCGAUGAUGUUCCAGUAUUCAUGGGAUUGAUUGGAGACCUUUUCCCUGCUCUUGAUGUACCUCGUAAGCGAGACAUGGACUUUGAAAGAACAGUCAAACAGGCAGCUAUGGAUUUACUUCUCCAGCCUGAGGAUAACUUCAUUUUAAAGGUUGUUCAGUUGGAAGAAUUGCUUGAAGUGCGGCAUUCAGUGUUUGUUGUUGGCAAUGCUGGAACUGGCAAAACUCAAGUUUGGAAAACACUUUUCCGCACCUACCAAAACAUGAAGAGGAAACCAAUCUACAAUGAUCUCAAUCCAAAAGCUGUCACAAAUGACGAGCUCUUCGGAAUUAUCAACCCGGCUACUCGCGAAUGGAAGGAUGGAUUGUUUUCUGUCAUAAUGAGAGAUCAAGCUAAUUUACCUGGUGAGAAUCCUAAAUGGAUUGUCUUGGAUGGCGAUAUAGAUCCAAUGUGGAUUGAAUCUCUCAAUACUGUUAUGGAUGAUAAUAAGGUAUUGACUCUUGCUAGCAAUGAAAGAAUAGCGCUGAAUCCAUCUAUGAGACUUCUCUUUGAAAUAUCAAACUUGAGGACUGCUACGCCAGCUACGGUUUCACGAGCGGGUAUUCUCUAUAUAAACCCACAGGAUUUGGGAUGGAAUCCAUACGUCACAAGCUGGAUUGAAACAAGGGAGCAUACUUCAGAGAAGUCGAAUUUGGUGGUUCUAUUUGACAAGUAUAUUCCAGCCUGUUUAGAAAAUGUUAGAACCAGAUUCAAGAAGAUAACACCAAUUACUGAAAUGUCGCAUAUACAAUUGCUAUGCCACCUGCUGCAAUGUCUCUUGAUACCAGCUAACACACCAAAAGAUUGCAGUAAAGAAUUGCACGAGCUGUAUUUUGUCUUCGCCUGUGUUUGGGCAUUCGGAUCAGCCAUGUUUCAAGAUCAGGCCAUCGAUCAUAGAGUGGAAUUCUCCAAGUGGUGGAUCAAUGAGUUCAAAACAUUGAAGUUUCCUCCUCAGGGAACAGUUUUCGACUACUACAUCGACCCUGAAACAAAAGCUUUCGCACCAUGGACUGAUCGCUUACCGAAAUUUGAAUUGGAUCCUGAUGUUCCUCUACAGGCAGUUCUUGUGCAUACAGUGGAAUCUAUUAGAGUGAGAUAUUUCGUUGAUCUAUUGAUGGAGCAUAAGCAUCCUGUUAUGCUGGUUGGAAACGCAGGCUGUGGAAAAACAGUACUAGUCUCUGAAAAGCUCACUGGUCUGAAUGAAAACUAUGCUGUGGCCAACGUACCGUUCAACUUCUAUACAUCUUCAGAAAUGCUACAGAAAAUCCUGGAAAAGCCACUGGAGAAAAAAGCUGGUCGUAACUAUGGGCCACCCGGAAAUAAGACACUGGUGUAUUUUAUCGACGAUAUGAAUAUGCCCGAGGUUGAUGCUUAUGGUACAGUCCAACCGCACACUCUCAUACGACAACAUUUGGACUACACUCAUUGGUACGAUCGCACUCGCCUGACGCUCAAAGACAUCCACAACUGUCAGUAUGUGUCAUGCAUGAAUCCAACUGCAGGCAGCUUCACUAUCAACCCGAGGCUUCAAAGACAUUUUUGUGUGUUUGCUGUCAGCUUCCCUAACGCUGACUCGCUAAUUCAGAUAUAUCAGUCGAUUCUGAAUCAACACAUGGCCAAUGUGGAGCACAGAUUCCCGCCAAUCGUGACAAGGCUGAAUCCGAACGUAGUGGCUGCUUCCAUUGCCCUACACAACAAGGCUGCUCAAGUCUUCCUCCCGACAGCCAUCAAAUUUCACUACAUAUUCAACUUGAGAGAUCUAUCCAACGUCUUCCAGGGUCUCCUUUUCAGUUCUAUGGAUUGCCUACACCAGCCCUCUGAUUUUGUACGGUUGUGGAUGCAUGAGUCCCAAAGAGUUUACGGAGACAAGUUGACUGAUGAUAAGGACUCGGAUGCUUUCACAAAGUUUCAGAUCGAUAUUGUAAAGAAGAAUUUUGAUGAGUUGGAUGAAGGCGCAGUCUUAGAAAGGCCAAAUAUAUAUUGUCAUUUUGCUCAAGGAAUCGGGGAACCGAAGUAUAUGCCUGUAACAGAAUGGCAUGUAAUGAGUAAACUGUUGCAGGAAGCUUUAAUUUCUUACAAUGAUCUAGUAGCAGCUAUGAACUUAGUGCUGUUUGAAGACGCUAUGAUGCAUGUUUGCAGAAUCAAUCGAAUAUUGGAGUCACCAAGAGGCAGCGCUCUUCUAGUUGGAGUGGGAGGGAGUGGGAAACAGUCUCUAUCACGAUUGGCUGCAUUCAUUUCAAGUUUGGAAGUUGCACAAAUUCAACUGCGCAAGGGUUAUGGCAUUUUGGAUUUGAAGAUGGAACUUUCAGGUCUCUACAUGAAAUCUGGGUUAAAAAAUGUUGGUAUAAUGUUUCUAAUGACUGACGCUCAAGUUCCGAACGAGCAUUUCUUGGUUCUGAUCAACGAUAUGAUGGCAUCCGGGGAGGUUCCCGAUUUAUUUCCAGAUGACGAGGUGGAAAACAUCCUUGCGAGCGUACGAAAUGAGGUGAAAGGAGCUGGCCUGUUGGAUACAAGAGAAAACUGCUGGAAAUUCUUCAUCGAUAGGGUGAGAAGGCAGUUGAAAGUUGUGCUGUGCUUUUCUCCAGUCGGCUCCACUCUGCGUGUUCGCGCCAGGAAGUUCCCUGCUCUGGUCAACUCCACCUCAAUCAACUGGUUCCAUGAAUGGCCGCAAGAGGCUCUCAUAUCAGUCUCCAAGAAGUUUCUGCAAGAGCUCACUGUACUUCCACCAUCUUAUCAUGAGUCAGUUUCAAGGUUUAUGUCAUAUGUGCAUACUCAAGUGAACGCUACGUCCAGAAUUUACCUGCAAAGCGAGAGGCGUUACAAUUACACUACUCCAAAAUCAUUCCUCGAGCAAAUCUCCUUGUACUCGAAGCUACUGCAGCAGAAAAGUGCCGAAUUGGCUGGUAAAGUUGACAGAUUGAGGAACGGAUUGGAAAAACUCAAAAGUACUGCUAGUCAGGUUGAUGACUUGAAAGCCAAACUUGCUAUUCAAGAAAUAGAAUUGAAAGUAAAAAAUGAUGCCGCAGAUGCUCUUAUCCAAGUUGUUGGUAUUGAAACAGAGAAAGUCUCCAAAGAAAAAGCAAUUGCCGAUGGAGAGGAAAAGAAGGUGGCUAUCAUUGCUCAAGAAGUCAGCAAGAAACAACAAGACUGUGAACAGGAUCUAUUGAAAGCCGAACCAGCUCUUAUCGCCGCUCAGGAAGCGUUGAAUACACUUAACAAAGCCAACCUUACAGAAUUGAAAUCUUUUGGCUCACCGCCCGGUGUGGUUACGAAUGUUACAGCCGCUGUAAUGGUCCUUCUUGCUCCAAAUGGUAAAAUACAGAAAGAUCGCAGCUGGAAAUCGGCCAAGAUCAUGAUGGCAAAAGUCGACGGAUUUUUGGACGCACUUAUAACAUAUGACAAAGAAAACAUACAUCCAGAAAUCAUCAAAGCUAUACAGCCAUACCUCAAAGAUCCUGAAUUUGAGCCAGAAUUUGUUCGGAGCAAAUCAGCAGCUGCGGCAGGUUUAUGUGCUUGGGUGAUCAAUAUAAUCAAGUUCUAUGAAGUAUUUUGUGAUGUUGAACCAAAAAGGAAAGCACUUGCACAAGCUAAUGCUGACUUGGCCCAGGCGCAAGAAAAGCUUACCGUGAUCAAGCGUAAAGUUGCUUCACUGGAAGAACAGCUGGCCAAACUGACAGCAGACUUCGAGCAAGCAACUUCGGAGAAGCUGCGUUGCCAGGAAGAGGCAGAUGCCACCAACCGCACCAUUCAGCUGGCCAACCGACUUGUCGGCGGGUUGAGCUCCGAAAAUGUCCGCUGGGCAGAAUCGGUUGCCAAUUUGAUGCAGCAAGGAACUACGUUGCCUGGAGAUGUACUUCUAAUUACUGCUUUCAUUUCAUACGUCGGUUGCUUCACCAAACAAUAUCGACUGGAUCUCAUGAAUAAGAUGUGGCUUCCCUUUUUAAAAUCAAUAGAACCAUCCAUUCCGAUAACCGAGGGUCUUGAUCCACUGACCCUGUUAACAGAUGAUGCUCAAAUUGCCAUUUGGAACAAUGAAGGCCUACCCAGUGACCGAAUGUCCACUGAAAAUGCAACCAUACUCAGCAACUCUGAUCGAUGGCCUCUAAUGAUUGAUCCACAGCUACAAGGCGUUAAAUGGAUAAAACAGAAGUAUGGAGAUAAUUUGGUAGUGAUCCGGCUAGGCCAGAGAACAGCAAUGGAAACCUUGGAACAGAGCCUGGGUCGAGGCGCAACUGUCCUAUUGGAAAAUAUUGCUGAAAAUCUCGAUCCCGUACUUGAUCCACUUCUUGGAAGAAAUCUUAUAAAGAAAGGAAAAGCUAUCAAAAUUGGAGAUAAGGAGGUUGAAUACAAUUCUAGCUUCCGUCUUAUACUGCAUACAAAGCUAGCAAACCCUCAUUAUAAGCCUGAAAUGCAGGCACAGACUACUCUGAUCAAUUUCACGGUAACAAGAGACGGACUUGAAGAUCAGCUCCUGGCUGAAGUUGUGAAGGCUGAGAGGCCUGAUCUGGAAGAAUUGAAGGCAGAUCUAACCAAACAACAAAAUGAUUUCAAAAUAAUGCUUAAAACGCUAGAAGAUGAUCUGUUAUCCAGACUUUCUUCAGCUGGAGGAAAUAUUUUGGGAGACACAGCGCUAGUGGAAAACCUGGAAACUACAAAACGGACGGCAGCCGAAAUCGAGCAGAAAGUAGCCGAGGCGAAAAUCACUUCGGCCAAGAUCGAUGAAGCGAGAGAGCACUAUCGGCCGGCCGCUGCUCGCGCCUCUCUGCUCUACUUCAUCCUCAAUGACCUCAACACUAUCAAUUCAAACUACUUAUUUCUUUUGAAGGCAUUUAGCGUUGUAUUUCAAAAUGCAAUAGAGAAAGCAGAGCCAGCGCCUGCCGGGGACGUCCAACAACGUGUGAUCAACCUAAUCGACUGCAUAACAUACUUUGUUUUCAUGUACACAAGUAGAGGUCUAUUCGAGUGUGACAAGUUGAUAUUUUCCUCGCAGAUGGCGUUUCAGAUUCUCCUGAUGAACGAGGAAAUACUACCCCAAGAGCUGGAUUUCUUGUUGAGAUUUCCAUUAACUCCUCACGUCACUAGUCCUGUUGACUUUCUCUCAAAUGCCAGUUGGGGUGGUAUUAGAUCGCUGUCCAGUAAAGAUGAAUUCAGGAAUCUAGAUCGUGACAUCGAAAGCUCGUCAAAACGUUGGAAGAAGUUUGUUGAGAGUGAGUGUCCUGAGAAAGAGAAAUUUCCACAAGAAUGGAAAAACAAAACAGCCCUUCAACGUUUAAUGAUGAUGAGAGCCCUGCGACCAGACCGAAUGACCUAUGCCGUCGCGGCUUUCAUUGAAGAGAAGUUGGGCUCUAAAUAUACUGAGGGACGAAGUGUUGAAUUCUCAAAAUCUUUCGAAGAAUCAAGUCCUUCAACUCCAGUAUUUUUCAUUCUCUCUCCAGGAGUAAACCCUCUAAAGGAUGUUGAAGAUCUUGGAAGAAAAUUGGGCUUUACGGAGGAUAACGGUAACUUCCAUAAUGUUUCACUUGGACAAGGUCAAGAAGUUGUUGCUGAAAAGGCAAUGGAUAUAGCAGCCAGCAGUGGUCAUUGGGUUGUAUUACAGAACAUUCACUUGGUGAAAAAGUGGCUACCGUCAUUGGAGAAGAAGCUGGAACACUACAGUGAAGGAUCCAACCAAGAUUACAGGGUUUUCAUGAGUGCUGAGCCUGCUGCAACUGCUUCCGCUCAUAUAAUUCCCCAGGGCAUUCUAGAGUCAUCCAUUAAAAUAACGAAUGAGCCUCCGACUGGCAUGAUGGCUAACCUGCACAAGGCUCUAGAUAACUUCAACCAGGAGACAUUAGAAAUGUGCACAAAGGAAGCCGAGUUCAAAGCCAUACUAUUCUCUCUCUGCUAUUUUCAUGCCGUCGUUGCUGAAAGACGCAAGUUUGGACCUCAAGGGUGGAAUCGAAUUUAUCCUUUUAAUGUGGGUGACCUGAAUAUUAGCGUCAGUGUUCUCUACAAUUAUUUAGAAGCAAACUCAAAAGUUCCAUGGGAAGAUCUGCGCUAUCUUUUUGGUGAAAUUAUGUAUGGAGGGCAUAUCACUGAUGAUUGGGAUCGACGACUUUGCAUAUCAUAUUUGGAGGAACUGAUGCAACCUGACUUGGUAGACGGAGAACUGUUUCUUGCGCCUGGAUUUUCUGCACCUCCGAAUACAGACUACCAAGGCUAUCACAAUUACAUCGAUGAAAUGAUGCCCACUGAAAGUCCUUACCUCUACGGUCUCCAUCCAAAUGCAGAAAUCGGAUUUCUAACUACUACUUCUGAAAAUCUAUUUCGCACAGUCUUUGAAAUGCAACCAAGAGAAGCUGGCACCUCGGGUGGUGCAACAGUAACUAGAGAAGACAAGGUGAAACAAAUUGUGGAUGAAAUAUUGGAAAAACUCCCAGAAGAGUUCAAUAUGAUCGAGAUUAUGGGCAAAGUUGAGGAGAGGACUCCGUAUGUGAUUGUCGCGUUCCAGGAGUGUCAGAGGAUGAACCAUUUGACUGGUGAAAUGAAACGUUCUUUAAAAGAGCUCGACUUGGGUUUAAAAGGAGAGCUGACCAUCACUUCUGACAUGGAAGACUUGGAAAAUGCCUUGUUCCUCGAUCAAGUUCCGGCUAUUUGGACUCAGCGUGCUUAUCCUUCACUCCUUGGCUUAACGUCCUGGUUUGCUGAUCUACUCCUUCGCUUGAGAGAACUUGAAACUUGGUCCAAUGAUUUUGUGUUGCCAGCGUCUGUAUGGUUGGCUGGUUUUUUCAAUCCCCAGUCAUUCCUAACAGCUAUUAUGCAGAGUACUGCUCGUAAGAAUGAAUUGCCUCUCGACAAGAUGUGUCUCCAAUGCGAUGUCACAAAGAAACAGAAGGAGGAAUUCACUGCUGCUCCAAGAGAUGGCGCAUACGUUCAUGGAUUGUUUAUGGAAGGUGCCCGUUGGGACACUCAACAGGGAGUCAUACUGGAUUCCAGAUUGAAGGAUUUGUUCCCUUCAUUGCCAGUGAUCAAUAUCAGGGCUAUAACUCAGGACAAAGUAGAUAUGCGAAACAUGUAUGAGUGUCCUGUCUACAAGACUCGAACGCGAGGACCAACAUAUGUUUGGACAUUCAAUUUAAAAUCAAAAGACAAGCCGGCAAAAUGGACUCUGGCUGGUGUAGCUCUUCUGUUGCAAAUCUAGAUUUCAAUCAUAUUUAGUCAAAAUAAAGAAAAUAAAUCAAAUACCAAAA